UUUUUAUGGAAGAGAACGAUAUAGCCGAUAUAGAGGAUCUAAUAUCAUCGGAAGAUAUUAAACCCAAAGAAAGAUAUCGGAAUAAGAAAAGUGUUACAGUGAGACCAAAGAAGGCUGCAAAUGGAAACGUCGCAAAUGGCACCACCACCACCGCUGCCGAACCUGCUGAAGCAAAGAAAAUCUAUGAAAGUGUAAUUCCGGGCACACAGAAAAUUUACGUCAAAACAUGGGGGUGUUCUCACAACAGUUCCGAUACGGAAUAUAUGAUGGGACAAUUAUCGGCAUAUGGCUAUCAACUCACGGACUCAAAGGAAAACGCCGAUCUGUGGUUACUCAACAGUUGUACGGUUAAGAAUCCGUCCGAAGACACCUUUCGUAAUGAAAUCGAACAUGGUACGUCGACGGGCAAGCAUGUGGUUGUAGCUGGAUGUGUUCCUCAGGGUGCACCGAAAUCUGGGUAUUUGAAAGGUCUCUCAGUCAUUGGUGUACAGCAAAUUGACAGAGUAGUGGAGGUCGUCGAGGAGACCCUGAAGGGUCAUACUGUACGUUUGCUGCAAAGUAAAAAGGAAGAUGGACAGAGAGUUGCUGGAGCAAAGUUGGCGUUACCAAAAAUCAGGAAGAACCCUUUAAUUGAAAUUAUUGCCAUAAACACGGGUUGUUUGAAUCAGUGCACCUAUUGCAAAACCAAACAUGCUAGAGGUGAUUUGGCCAGUUAUGCCCCAGAGGAAAUUGUUGCUCGGGCCAAACAGGCUUUUGAAGAGGGAUGCUGUGAAAUAUGGCUAACAUCAGAGGAUACUGGUGCCUAUGGCAGAGACAUUGGUACAUCAUUACCCGAACUAUUGUGGAAGUUGGUUGAAGUUAUCCCGGAAAAUUGUAUGUUGCGUGUUGGUAUGACAAAUCCUCCAUAUAUUUUGGAACAUCUGGAGGAAAUGUCAAAGAUCCUUAAUCAUCCCAGGGUGUACGCCUUUUUGCAUGUCCCCGUACAAAGUGGAAGUGAUGCCGUUCUGGGCGAUAUGAAACGUGAAUAUUGCCGUAGUGAUUUUGAACAUGUUGUUGAUUUUCUACGUGAACGUGUUGAAGGCUUGACCAUAGCAACGGACAUUAUUUGUGGUUUCCCUACCGAGACAGAAGAAGACUUUGAGGAUACAAUGCGAAUGUGUAAAAAAUAUGAAUUUCCCAGCCUUUUCAUUAAUCAAUUCUUUCCACGACCCGGAACACCAGCAGCAAGAAUGACCCGUAUCCCGGCGGAUCAAGUGAAAAAGCGUACAAAACGUCUAACUGAUCUCUUCAACAGUUACUAUCCCUACGCCGGACGAGAGGGACAAAUUUACAAAGUACUUGUUACCGAGGUGUCACAUGACAACCUACACUAUGUGGGUCACAACAAAAGCUAUGAACAGAUUUUGUUACCGAUGCGUAAAAAUCUACUGGGUACUAGUGUUAAUGUUCGCAUUACGAGUACAACAAAGUUUAGUAUGAUGGGUGAAAUUCUGGACAAUGAAGAUGAUUGGAAAAAAUGUAGUCAACCGGUUAAGGCGCCAAUCGCGGCUGUUCAAUCAUCUGAAGAGCCACGUAGUAAAAUGUUUGGUGUGAUAGCGUUGCUGUUGGGAAUGCUGGCGUUUAUAUUACAAUGGACAUGGCGACAUCUUUAG